AUAGAAUAAAGCCAAUAGACAUUGGUUGGUAUUUCCUUGCAUUUCUCAUCAUCUCAUUUUCUGACAAAAUUUUCUUUUGUGGCUUUCUCUUCUAAAUUUUCCUGGAAAAUUCUCACGACACUAUACCCAAAUAAGUCUUUUUAUAUAUAUUUAUAUAAAAGAUUCCUAUUUUAUUUCUUUUUUCGUCGUGAAAGAAGAGCAAGGAUUUUCUUGUUUGUUUCCAAAGAAUAUAUUUUACUUUUUUAUUUUUAAUUUGAGUGAUAUUUGUUCUUCUCUGAGCUGGGGUUUGUUUAUUUUUGGAUAACCAGUGACAAAUCUUGAUUUUGGAGGGGAAAAAUAAAUAAAUAAAUAAAUAAAAAUCUGGGCUUUGUGUUGAAAGGUUCUGGUGUUUCCUAUUUUGAUUUUGUUGUUAGAAGGGAAAGAAAAGAAAAACACAUUUGGGGUUUGAGGGAAAAGCUCAAGAUUCUGAAGCUGUUUCCCUGACAUUGACACCUAAGAUAGGGGUUUAGUGUAAAAUUUCUGAUCUGAUCUGUAUUUCAUACUGUUGCUUUGUGAUUUCUUAUAUACAACAGUGCUUUUGUCCAAGUAAGUAUAUUUAUUUGAAGUGGAGUUUUGAGUCUUGCUUAGUUUGUACUGUAUUGGGACUCAGUUUCAGUAUUUUGGUGGUCAUUUGUUUUCAAUUUUUGUUUAAUUGGAUUAGCUUUUUGAGGUUCUGGUAUUCUGGUUCAAAGCUAGGUUGAGAGGUUUUUUGAUAUGGGGAAGCAAAGUGGGAAGAAUAAAGAAAAGUUAGGUGAUAGUAGUGGAAAGCAGAGCAAAACUGGGGAUAGUGUCUGUAGCCCAAAAGCCCAUGAUAAGGACACUGAAGUAUUCAUUUCCAUGGCUCAAGAAUUGAAGGAUGAGGGUAACAAGUUAUUUCAGAAGAGGGAUCAGGAAGGAGCUAUGUUGAAAUACGAAAAAGCCCUGAAACUUCUUCCAAAGAAUCAUAUAGAUGUGUCAUAUCUUAGGAGUAAUAUGGCAGCUUGCUAUAUGCAAAUGGGGUUGGGCGAGUAUCCGAGGGCGAUUCAUGAGUGUAAUCUGGCUCUUGAAGUUAGUCCUAAGUACAGUAAAGCGCUGCUAAAGAGAGCUAGGUGCUAUGAGUCUCUGAAUAGGCUAGAUUUGGCUCUAAGAGAUGUUGGUAGUGUCUUAACCAUUGAGCCAAACAAUGUCAUGGCAUUGGAGAUUGCAGAAAGGGUUAAAAUGGCACUUGAAAAGAAGGGUUUGAAGGUGAGUGAUACAGUAAUUGAGUUGCCACCGGAUUAUGUUGAACCACCAAUUUCAUUGCCUCCACAGAAAGUUGCGAAAGAAAAGUUGAAAAAGAAGAAGAAGAGCAACAAAGUUGUGGAUAAAAAGGCUGUGGAGUUUAUUGAAGAUAAGAAGGUAGAGGAUAAGGUUGAUGAAGAAAAGGCUGAGGAGAAGAAGGCUGAAGACAAAGUUGUUGUGGAGGAGAAAAUUAGUGUAAUGGAAGCACCUAAAAGAAGUGUAAAAUUGGUUUUUGGGGAGGAUAUAAGAUGGGCUCAGGUGCCAGUAAACUGCACACUCAUACAACUAAGAGAGGUUGUCUGUGACCGGUUUCCGAAUUCAAGAGCAAUUCUCAUUAAGUAUAGAGACCAAGAGGGAGAUUUGGUUACAAUUACUACAGAUGAAGAACUGAGGUGGGCUGAAAGCUCAGGAGAAUCACAGGGGUCUGUCAGGUUUUACAUUGUACAAGUUGAUCCUGAACAGGACCCAUUCUAUGAGAAAAGGAAGGAUGGGGAAGAUCUGUGCAUACACAGUUUUCUGGAAAAUGGUGUAGCUGAAAAUGGUACUGUGGAUAGAGGAAAAGAAAUAAAGAGGUCGUCUUGCAUUGAGGACUGGAUUAUCCAGUUUGCUCAGAUGUUCAGGAAUCAUGUUGGAUUUGAAUCUGAUUCAUACUUGGAUCUCCAUGAACUUGGGAUGAAGCUCUAUUCUGAGGCCAUGGAGGAGACAGUCACAAGUGAUGAUGCUCAAGAUAUUUUCGAAACAGCUGGAGGCAAGUUCCAAGAGAUGGCAGCUUUAGCAUUGUUCAACUGGGGAAACGUUCACAUGUCAAUGGCACGUAAGAGAGUGUAUUUUACAGAAGAUGCUUCAAAAGAUUCAGUACUUUCACAGAUCAAAACUGCUUAUGAUUGGGCACGAAAAGAGUAUAUAGAAGCAGGAAACAGAUAUGAAGAAGCAUUGAAAAUGAAACCAGACUUCUAUGAAGGCUAUCUGGCUAUAGGGCAGCAACUGUUUGAGCAGGCAAAGCUCUCUUGGUACUAUGCAUUAAGCAGCAAUACUGAUAUGGAUUCAUGGCCUUCUACAGAGGUACUACUGCUUUACAAUAAUGCUGAAGAAAAUAUGGAAAAAGGUAUGCAAUUAUGGGAGGAAUGGGAAGAACAACGCUUGAGUGAACUCUCGAAACAAAACAGUGUUAAAAUUGAGAUUCAGAAAAUGAAGUUGGACACACUUUUUAAAGAUGUAUCUCCAGAUGAAGCCUCUGAGCAGGCUUCAAACAUGAGGUCUCAGAUCAACCUCCUAUGGGGCACAAUGCUUUAUGAGAGAUCUAUAGUGGAAUUCAAACUUGGGUUGCCUGUAUGGCGCGAAUGUUUGGAUGUUGCAAUUGAGAAGUUUGAACUUGCUGGUGCUUCUCCAACAGAUAUAGCUGUUAUGGUAAAGAAUCAUUGUUCUAAUGAUGGUACACUGCAAGGUGUAGGAUUCAAAAUUGAUGAGAUUGUGCAAGCAUGGAAUGAGAUGUAUGAAGCUAAAAAGUUGCUUAGUGGAAUACCCUCAUUUCGGUUAGAGCUCUUAUUCAGACGAAGAGUCUCAAAACUUUAUCAUGCAUUGGAGCAUUUAUGAAUUGAUGAUUCCAAGUUCUGUAAAAUGUCCCUUUUUCUGACUCAAUGGCCUGAAAAUAUGAAUCCUAUGCAUACUGAGGUUUUCUUUUGUUAGAGAUACCUCCACAGUGAAUGCUCUCCCACUUAACAGUGAAUUAUAUCAUACAAUACUUGAUUGAAGACUAGUAUUUCAGUUUCAUUUCUUAUAUUUUGGGCACAAGAUGAAGUCGCGGGUUAUUUCAUUCUGCCUUCACUUUAGUUUUGCCUUCCUAGAUUUACAGUUACCCAACAAUGUCUUCCUUUUUUUUUUCUUUGUAGAAGAAUUUCAGUAGUUUUAGUCAUUUGUUAUAUUCUUCUUCCUCUUGGUUUGUAAUUUAGUGUUUGAUCUCAGUUCAGUGUGUAAGUUAUAUCAUUUUGGUUUGUAGGGUGAUCUUUGGCAAAAGAGAAUGUAUUGAAUUAAUUGAUCUUUUGUUACUAUUGUCUUUUUUUUUUAAUAAAAAAGAAAAAAGAAAAAAAAUUCUCCUUUAAGAGAAACA